UUUCAUUUUAAAGUGGAUUUUUGUACUAUCGUUUGCUCAAACCACAGAAAUGACAGUCGUAGCCCCUUCUAGCGCGUGUGGUUUUAGUGAUAGAGCGGGAAAUUUAAUUUCCUGUUUUUUUGAUAUGGAUUAUCCGUCAACGCACUUAUCGUCUUAUAAUUGGAGACUCGGUCGAGGAAGAGAAGCUUAUUGGUAUGGCGGUCCAACAACAGAUGCUAGUGGCUCCGUUAAAGGUGGCUACGCAUUUAUUGAUAUAUCCAUUAUGGGAAGACGAAAGAGCAAUCAAACUAAAAAAGCUUGGUUGCCAAGUUUUAGUAAUCCUCCAACAACUGGAAGAGGUAAAUGUUUGAGAUUUAGAUAUAAUUUGGAAGGGUUAUGUGUAGGCGGAUUGAGGGUAGUGAUUUACGACACAGUCGAUAAUAAAUCCUACACUAUUUGGGAAAUGUUAGACACUACCGAUGGCCAAUGGACAAAUGGAAAAGUUUCUUUUACCAGGGAAAACUCGUAUCGAAUAGUAUUCGAGACUUUUCCAAAAGACGAUAAUCUGAAUCGACGAGGUUUUGCAGCUAUAGAUAAUAUCGCUUUAUACGAUGGUCCCUGUCCAGGAGAUUGCACUUUCGAAUAUGAUUUUUGUGACUGGACAAAUGUCAAUAGUGGAGACGAUUUUGAUUGGAAGAUGGGAAGAGGAAGUGAUAGUACUGUUACAGGUCCCGAAAGAGAUCAUGGUAGUAGUAUCACAAAAGGAAGAACUGGAGGAUAUGCGUAUAUAGAUUCAUCUUAUCCAAGAAGACCAGGAGAUACUGCCCAACUUUGGAGCCCUACUCUAAAUCCAACAGGAGAUCACGGCCCUAUGUGUCUCAGCUUUUUCACUUCGAUGUUUGGUGCCGGAAUAGGAGGCUUGCGUAUAUAUCUUUACGAUUCGCUCCAAAAACAAAUUAGCGACGCUGUUUGGAGCCUAAAUUCGGGCAGUCUAACAGCCGAUCAAUGGCACAAAGGAGAAGUAACAUUAUCUUUGCCAGCUCCCUAUUGGGUAAUUUUUGAAGCCGAAGUUAGAAUCCCGGGUCAGGGUGAUAUUGCCUUAGAUGAUGUUUCUCUUGUUGAUGGAACGUGUCCAAGUGUUCCUCGAGAAGCUAGCAGAAAAGGUGACUGUGCGUUUUUGGUUGAUAUGUGCGGUUGGCAAGAAAUUUAUGAAAAGUUAAGAGAGAACAGUCCACCUCUUUGGAUGAGAGUUUCUGGUGAUGGAACUCAUCUUAAUCCUCGAGGACAUACUUAUACAAUGACGAGAGCGGGUAGAUUAGAUUUUUAUAUGAAGUUUGACACAAGUAAUUUUCAACACGCUUCAUUGGACAGAGGAAUGCUAAUCAGUCCAGUUUUAGAAACUACUAAUUUACCUUACUGUUUGUCGUUUUGGGCAUUUUUGUUAUCUUCGACAGCUGGAGAACCCAUCGGCGGUAUUCUAGUAAAACUAAUUCGAAGCGACAAUACAUCUUCCAUUUUAUGGAGAUUAAAUAAUCAUCAAGAUUCGAGAUGGUUCUAUGCACAGAUCGGGUUACCACAAGAAGUUAAUUCCAGGGUUGCCAUUGAAGCAAUUAAAGGAGCAGAAUCCAGAUCAGUAAUAGCGAUAGAUGAUAUAACUUUCACAACCCCUUUUAAAUGUAUUGGAAAACCAACAAGAGCUCUUACAGCUUUAGGUGACUGCGCAUUUGAUGUAGAUUUAUGUGAUUGGAAAUCCGUUACAUUUACCUCUAGUUCUCCAAAAUGGCGAGUUCCGAGUGGUCAAGCACGUCCAGCAACAGUUAAAGAUCAUACUUUUAACGUUCCUGGAGCCGGGUUUGUUUAUAUCGACGUCUUCACUCUACCUACAGCAGCAACAGCAGAACUGCAUAGUCCCACGAUGGAUGGGAAUAAAUCUCGAUGUUUUACAUUUUGGUACGCGACUAUUGACGAAGAAGAAGGAGCAACACUCAGCAUUUAUGUUAAAAGCAAUAAUACUUCAAAUAUCGUUUGGAGUUUUGUAAGGGAUGCUGAAGAAGAAAAUUCUCCAUCUUCUUUUUCAUUUGGUCAAGUGGAAGUAUUCAGUGAAGAUGAUUUCACUGUCGUUAUUGGGGCAACAGUGCAGCAUUCUGGAUUUGUUAUUGAUGACAUUCGAUUUUAUGAAAUGGAUACAUCAUGUCCUACACGUCCUCCUUAUUUCGCUCCAACAGUUCAACCUAAUAAUUUGCCAACUACUUAACUUUUGAUGCUGUGCCAUUCUCUGGCAUAAAAUCUACGGGUUGCCAAACUAAUCUUUUCAGAGGUCAUCAAUGGAUUUUUCGUCUAGUCAUGUAUAUUAUUUAAUGAAUCGCAUUUUAAC